AUGGGUUCUCUGUUUUUGUUAAUUGGUAUUUUGCCUCUGGCAUUGGCUGGCCAUGAUUAUAGGCAGGCUCUUAGCAAGAGCAUUCUCUUCUUCGAAGCUCAGAGAUCUGGUUACUUGCCCAGAAAUCAAAGAGUCCAAUGGAGGGGUCAUUCCGGUCUCAAUGAUGGCAAAAUUAGUGGGGUAGAUCUUGUGGGAGGAUAUUAUGAUGCAGGGGACAAUGUGAAAUUUGGGCUGCCAAUGGCAUUCACCAUAACCAUGAUGUCUUGGAGUGUAAUAGAGUACGGAAAGCAAAUGGCAUCUAGUGGUGAACUUGGACAUGCCAUUGCUGCUGUUAAGUGGGGCACUGAUUAUCUCAUCAAAGCCCACCCUCAACCUUAUGUACUUUAUGGAGAGGUUGGCGAUGGAAAUACGGACCAUUACUGCUGGCAACGGCCGGAGGACAUGACCACUUCUAGGGCUGCUUACAGAAUUGACCCAAGCCACCCUGGAUCCGACCUCGCCGGCGAGACUGCUGCAGCCAUGGCUGCCGCCUCCAUUGUCUUCCGCCGCUACAAUCCUUCGUAUUCGGCGGAGCUUCUCAAACAUGCCUACCAGCUGUUCGAUUUUGCAGACAAAUACAGGGGAAAAUAUGACAGUAGCAUCACAGUGGCUCAAAAGUACUAUCGAUCUGUCAGUGGAUACGCCGAUGAAUUGCUGUGGGCAGCUGCAUGGUUGUACAAAGCAACAAAUAAUAAGUACUACUUAAACUACCUAGGGAACAAUGGCAAUUCCCUUGGAGGUGCAGGGUGGGCCAUGACUGAGUUCGGUUGGGAUGUUAAAUAUGCUGGGGUCCAGACCCUAGUCGCCAAGUUCCUGAUGCAAGGCAAAGCAGGUCAUAAUACAGCAAUCUUUAGAAAAUACCAAGAAAAGGCCGAGUUUUUCAUGUGUGCGUGCCUCGGAAAGGGAACGCGCAACGUUCAGAGGACUCCCGGAGGCCUCAUUUUUCGACAGAGAUGGAACAAUAUGCAAUUUGUCACAAGUGCCUCAUUCCUUCUCACGGUGUACUCUGAUUAUUUGUCCUCUGCUGGCAAGUUCCUCAGGUGUGCUUCGGGCAAUGUGGCUCCAUCCGAACUUCUCUCGUUCGCUAAAUCUCAGGUGGACUAUAUUCUUGGAGAUAAUCCAAGAGCCACGAGUUAUAUGGUGGGAUAUGGAAACAAUUUUCCGAGAAAAGUUCACCACAGAGCAGCAUCUAUUGUCUCCGUUAAGCAUAACCCUUCGUUUGUGAGUUGCCGAGGUGGUUAUGCCACAUGGUUUAGCCGUAAGGCAAGCGACCCCAAUCUGCUUACCGGUGCACUUGUUGGUGGACCGGAUGCCUAUGACAACUUUGCUGAUCAAAGAGACAACUACGAGCAAACAGAGCCUGCUACUUACAACAAUGCACCCCUUCUUGGUACAUUGGCACGAUUACACGGUGGUAACAGAGGAUACAAUCAACUUCUUCCAGUGGAGCUUCCCUCACUUAAACCGAUUGCUAGUCAACCAAAGCAUGCUCCAAAACCUGGGACAAAUCCAGCUCCAGCUUCAUCUGCCACUGCCAAUCCAAUUUCCAUUGUUCAGAAGGUGACAACUUCAUGGAUUUCCAAAGGAAAAACUUACUACAGAUACUCUACAAAAGUGACAAACAAAUCUUCGAAGACUCUUAAGAAUAUAAAGCUCUCAAUAUCCAAGCUCUAUGGUCCUCUAUGGGGUCUCACGAAGUCUGGGGAUUUCUAUUUCUUUCCAGCAUGGAUUAAAUCUUUAGCAGCUGGUAAAACUGUCGAGUUUGUGUAUAUCCACUCGAGUUCUCCUGCAGAGGUCUCGGUAUCAAGCUAUGCUCUCGUCUAA